UAAGUAAAGUGUAAAUACACGUGAAUGGCAGCUUAUAGAGACCUCUCCGGUAACCAGUAUACAGGUACAACUGCUCUCCAGAAAUUGGAAGGUUUUGCUAGCCGGUUAUUUCAUAGACACUCUAAAGGUGCUGCACAUGAUCAGAAAACAGCUCUGGAAAAUGACAGCCUUCAUUUCUCUGAACAUACUGCCUUAUGGGACAGAUCAAUGAAAGAGUUUCUAGCCAAAGCCAAAGAAGACUUUUUAAAAAAGUGGGAAAAUCCUGCUCAGAAUAAUGCCGGCCUGGAGGAUUUUGAAAGGAAAAAAACCCUUGGAACAGGUUCCUUUGGAAGAGUCAUGUUGGUGAAACACAAAGCCACAGAGCAGUAUUACGCCAUGAAGAUCUUAGAUAAGCAGAAGGUUGUUAAACUGAAGCAGAUAGAGCAUACUUUGAAUGAGAAAAGAAUAUUGCAGGCAGUGAAUUUCCCUUUUCUUGUUCGACUGGAGUAUUCUUUUAAGGAUAAUUCUAAUUUAUAUAUGGUUAUGGAAUAUGUCCCUGGAGGUGAAAUGUUUUCACAUCUAAGAAGAAUUGGAAGGUUCAGUGAACCCCAUGCACGGUUCUAUGCAGCUCAGAUAGUGCUAACAUUCGAGUACCUCCACUCACUAGACCUCAUCUACAGAGAUCUGAAACCUGAAAAUCUCUUAAUUGACCACCAAGGUUAUAUCCAGGUCACAGACUUUGGAUUUGCCAAAAGAGUUAAAGGCAGAACUUGGACAUUGUGUGGCACUCCAGAAUAUCUGGCUCCAGAAAUAAUCCUCAGCAAGGGCUACAAUAAGGCAGUGGACUGGUGGGCAUUGGGGGUGCUAAUCUAUGAAAUGGCAGCUGGCUACCCCCCAUUCUUUGCAGACCAACCAAUUCAGAUUUAUGAAAAGAUUGUUUCUGGAAAGGUUCGAUUCCCGUCGCACUUCAGUUCCGACCUCAAGGACCUUCUGCGGAACCUGCUGCAGGUGGAUUUGACAAAGCGGUUUGGAAAUCUGAAGAACGGUGUGAGCGAUAUAAAGACUCACAAGUGGUUUGCCACAACAGAUUGGAUUGCUAUUUACCAGAGGAAGGUUGAAGCUCCAUUCAUACCAAAGUUCAGAGGCUCUGGAGAUACCAGCAACUUUGAUGACUAUGAAGAGGAAGAUAUCCGUGUCUCUAUAACAGAAAAGUGUGGGAAGGAAUUUAGUGAAUUUUAAAGAUGAGCUAGGAGACGACAUCAGAGCUCGCGCUCAGCCUUUGCACUCUGUCGGGAGGUAAGGGUGGAGCUGAGGCCGCCCUGCUGAAGCAGUUCCCCGGCUCCUCAUUCCCGCGGCUGAGCGAGGCCUUGGUGCGUCCCCUGUGUGUGCACUGCGCGUCCACCUGUGUAACCAGGCACCGCUCCGAAGCCGCCUGUGCCGUCCCGCGGGACGAGACGCGUCCCUGCUUCUCUUGGGUUCGUCUUGCCCCCUCCUCCUACAUCCGCCUCUUCCGUUUCAUUAGUUCUUCUCCUGGCAGCGCUCCGUUUCAUUUUGUUGGCGUUUCCGAUGGGCAGUGUUGUGGCUGCGUGAUACUCGAAGGGAAGGAUACCUGUUGCUGUUAGCAGUUCUUGUCAGUAUUUUUUGUUGGUCAAUGGCUUGAAGAUAUACUUUCUAAUAAUUAUUUUUACUUUGAGUAGCUCAGCCUCAGUUUUGCCAGAACUCUUGAUAAUUUUUGAGGAACGUUUUAUCACCAAGGAAAUGUAUACAAAUUAAAACAAUAACUUUCUUAAAACUCACUGUUCUGGCAAUAAAUUUGGAUAGAUUAAUAGAGCAGCUAGACCUAGCGAUGUGGAUUCCUGCAGAUCAGACAUUCUGUGUCCCCUCACCUCUUUUUUUAUGUCAUCCCCCCCUUGAGUAAUUAAGUGACCAGCCUGUGCAGCAUGACAGACGUGCCUCAUUCACAGGAAAAACUAAUGACAUGGAUUCUCCUCACCCAGAUCCUCUCCCUUGGUAUCAGCAUUUCUGUAGGUGUCAGAGAAGAGUCCUGAGAUUUCUAGACCUGGACUCUUCCGUGAGGGCUUUAGCCAGUAUUUUAAUAGAACGUGACUAAUGAAAGUGACAAAAUUUUAAGUUUCUCAAAUAAGUCCUCAUUGUAGACUUUUUAAAGAAAAAUAACUAAAAAGAAUAGUAAUGUGGACUUUACUAAAUCAAACAAACGGCUUAAUUUUUGUAAACACUAUAGACCUGCUCUUAUUUAAAUGAGGCUUUCCGGCCUUUCUUGCUUUGCUCUUUGUCUCAGUCAAGGACGAAGGCAGUUGCUCAGGCGAUUACUCCGAUGCAUUGUACUCGCCGGCCUGAGGUGGAGGCACUGUGGCAACCUUGGCUUGUGUGCUCUGCCUCAUCAGCGAGGAAAGGGACAACUUUGUAAAACAGCCACGGUUGUAUUUUAAUUUUGAGCAGUGCUAUUUUCAGAUAUGUAAUAAUCUCCAGCCUCUUUUCUUUCAGUAAACAGAAUGUGUGAUCAUGCAGAUACAAUUUUAGCAAUGGAGUUUAGGUUUUUUAAUAUACUCUUUUGCCAACUGACUUAAUGUUGUGGUCACGUGGAAAUUUCAAGCACUUUUGCACAUUUAGUUUAGCGUUUGUUAAGAAAUCCAUGGCUUAACUCAGUUUUUAAAAUAUUUUUUUCCUUUGCUUUUAAAUUUUCCACCUGGUUUUCUCUCUGUGUCAGUGACCUAUCUUAAAACAACACACCAAAAUAGCUGAAAAUAAACUGUGCUCAUUUUUUUAUGAUCAAUUUACAUGCAUAUAAGAGUUGUUUUUAAUCAAACUGAUCUUACUGUAUAUAAGCAUUCUAUUUGCUUCAUUUAUCGGUGCAGGUAGGUCGCUGACUCUCCUCCUUUUCAUCUCUCCCACACCUUGUAAAACCUUUGAAGACAUUGGAAAAGCCUGUCUGAGAUGUUCUCUGGAUCAAUCUGUACAUCUUUUGGUUGUCAAGUGUUUCUGCAUGGUUUUGUCAUUUAUAAGCUGAUAGUGAUUUCAGCUUUUGGUCCACCUGUAUUUAAAAUGUGCAAGAAAAAUAUGAACUACUUUGCUGUAGCAAGUUUAUAAUAAAAAUAUAGCAUCAUGUUAAUAAACUUAUAAAACAUCAUUUGUAUAAAAUAUUUUAAUUAGCUCUUUUGUAUUUCAUUUAGACCCAAGAACAUGCUGAUCAUUGUAUUCUAUAUGUAUGCUACAAAUUCUAUGGUGGCUUUGUUGUAUAUUAUUGUAAAAUUUAUUUUAAUAAAUCAUGGGGAUGACAAUUUGAUGAUUACAUUUUAGUUUUCAGUAAUUCAAAAGAUUUCUAUGAAUUCUAAAAAUAUUUUUUUUAGUGAAAUUGCUAGUGUCCAGCACUACUUGCUGUAGAAUCUAUCUGGGUAGAUGACCCAUAGGCACUACAUUAUUGGUUUUGAGAGCUAUUUAGCCAUUCCAUUUUACUCUGUUGAAAGGACAUGAGCAAGCUUUUAAAUAUAUCAAGGGAGUCUAUUUCCAACUUAUCAAGUACACGGAAUAUCUUAAAAUUAUACAAAGUUCUCAUUUUCUGCCACAGUUUAGCCAAGGACAAUAUGAAAAUUUGAAUAAAAAAUAAGGGGCAUAAAUCAGUACUUAACCUCAAAUUACAUUAUUUAAAACAGAAGAAAUUAUGUUUUUAUUUGGUAAAUAAUAAGUAGGUGGCAUGGGAGCCCUAGAAAUCAAGACACCUGUGUUUCAGGCCUGGUCCGUCAGCAUCAGCAUGACAUUGGCCUCAGUUCUCUCCGUAAAAUGGAAGAUUUCCAUUAGGCAGUUUCUAAGGUCCCUUCUAAUUUUCACAUGUUGUGAUAAGAUUCUUUUUAUGACAUUUUGAAGGAAUAACAUGGUUUGAAGUGAAUCUGGUUAAGGUGAUCUUUUAGGGUAUCUUAUCUCUUAUAGUGUUCUUGCAACUCUUUGAAUAUCAUGAGAACUUUGUGUCUAUUCAAAUUCUCUCUUCCUUCACUGAUGCUAAAUACCAAUUGAUAUCAAACUGUCAACCUACCAAAAAAAAGAUAUCGUGGCUUGUGGGUAUCGUUAUCAUGUUUUUAAUAUGUUUUCAUAUUGACUGCCCAUUGGCCUGAAAAUGCUCAUUGUAAGCUUGAAAAAAAUUUUUUUUCUUUCCCACUGAUUUCCCCCCCUGCUUAUUGUAAGAAUCAAAUGAAAUAAAGUAUGUGAAAGCACCUUGUAACCUGUAACCUAUCAAUGUAAAAUGUUAAGGUGUAUUGUUAUUUCAUCAUUUACUUCUUUGUUUAGAAUGGAAUUUCCUAUGCACUACUGUAGCUAGGAAAUGCUGAAAACAGCUGUGUUUUUUAAUUAAUCAAUGUAAAAUUAAAGUAUCUUCAAAGGAUAAAACAA